AUGAAAAUUAGAUCUUCUUUAAAAUAUUUUUGUUUAAAUUGUAAAAAAAAAUCUUAUAAAAAAAAACAAAUUAUAAAAUGUAGUAAUUUAAAACAUAAUCAACGUCAGAAAUAA